CGAGCGCGGAGCCGGAGGGAACCCAGCGGGUGCCGCGUCUCCACCCGGGCCUCCAUCACUUCCAACCAGCCAUGUUCCAGGCUGCAGGAGCCGCCCAAGCCACCCCCUCUCAUGAAGCCAAAGGCGGUGGUGGCAGCAGCACUGUUCAGCGCUCUAAGUCCUUCAGCCUUCGGGCCCAGGUGAAGGAGAGUUGUGCCGCCUGCCAGAAGACUGUGUACCCCAUGGAGCGGUUGGUGGCAGACAAGCUCAUUUUCCACAACUCUUGCUUCUGCUGCAAGCACUGCCACACCAAGCUAAGCCUGGGCAGCUACGCGGCACUGCACGGGGAAUUUUACUGCAAACCCCAUUUUCAGCAGCUGUUUAAGAGCAAAGGCAACUAUGAUGAGGGCUUUGGCCGGAAGCAGCACAAGGAGCUCUGGGCCCACAAAGAGGUGGACCCUGGCACCAAGACAGCCUGAGACCUCUCUGACCUCCACUCCCCCUGUAGAGGCCUGGAGCAGGGUGGUGGGAAGGGUGGGAAAGAGAUUAGACCUGGGCUCCGGUGGGGGGGCAGGGUGGGAAAGGGAUGAGGCCAUCUUGCUCAGGCAGAGGGUUAUGGGGGCAGAGCUCUGUUCCAAGAUUCCUUCAUUCUUCCUCAGUGGGUGGAGAUUUGGGAACCAGGAUUGGGGGUUGCUCACCACCCUGCUUCCUGCUUCUUCCGGCCUAUCACGCCUCACCCCAUGGCCCCCUGGGAGGCCCCCAAGUCCAGCUUCCCUAUCUAGGUGCCUUUUCUCCAGCAAGGAGUCAGCAUGCCCCCCUCAGGGUCCUAAGCCCCCUCACUGCCAUCCGGGGGCCCUGUGUGGCCCCCAUGUCUCCCCAUCUACCUCUGCCCUUAGCCUGAUUCUGAGCCAUGGAGACUUGGGAGGAUGGAGAGCCAGAGUGCCCCUGCUGGGCCUCGGCAUGCCCACCAGGGCUCAGUGGGGGAGGGGAGAGGAAGUGGAGCAGCCCUGCAAGGCAAGGCAGGGCAUGCCCCAGUGGGGCUUGGGACCAUCUCGCCCCACCGGCAUCAAGAAGCAGAAGCUAAAACUGCGAGGCUGAGAGCCACAGAGACUAGCGGUGAUCUGGCAGCGGCCACACUCCCCUCCUCUUCAGUUUCUGCCGGUUCUGACUGUUGUGAUCAACCCCGUUUUAAACAUGUUUCAAGAGAUCCUGACUCUGUAUUAUGUGGCCUAAUGGGGGGCUCUGCGGCAGGAAGGACACAGACUCAUCAUGCAGAGGUGAAGAAGGGGUACAGGGUCAGCCCAGAGCACUCCUGACCUUGAUGUGAUGGUGAUAGGCGUCAGAAAAGGGUAUGUCCUUCCCAGCCAGGUCUCGAUGCUAUCAAACCCAGAAUGUUUUAUAACUGAAACUCCUUUGUCCCUCCACCUUAUGUUGGCUAAAAGAGGGCCAGGCCGUCAAUGGGUAAUGGUGCCGGGCCUCACUGAACUUCGUUAUAUUGGGGUACAAGGCAGAACCCUUCUGCUGAGUCCUUGUCUGGGCCCCUUUUGCCCUGGAAAUCAGUAAAGGGAAUCAGCAGAU